AUGCGACCUCCACAGACAGCCACCAGUGCGCUUCCAUGCUCCACCCCCAGUCUCUUCUUCACUUUCACUCUCCUCUCUUUCGUCACCCUCUCCCUCUUCCUCCUCUCCUGCGAAAAACCAUCUGUCCAAAAUCGCCAAAAUGCCCUUCAAAUCUCUCAAAAUUCCAUCAAAGUCUAUGUAGCUGACCUCCCUAGAUCUCUCAACUAUGGCCUCCUUGACCAGUACUGGUCUUCUUCAAUGCCCGAUACCCGUAUUAGCUUCGAUCCAGAUCACCAGAUCCGACCCGAACCCACCAAAAACCAGAAAUUUCCUGAUUAUCCCGAGAAUCCAUUGAUUAAGCAGUACAGUGCUGAGUACUGGAUCACUGGUGACUUGAUGACACCAGAGAAGUUAAAGUUUCGAUCUUUUGCUGAAAGGGUAUUGGAUUUUAAUGAAGCCGAUGUUGUUUUUGUGCCCUUUUUUGCUACAUUGAGUGCUGAAAUGGAGCUUGCAAAAGGAAAGGGAAAUUUUAGGAGAAAGAAGGGGAAUGAGGAUUAUCAAAGGCAGAGGGAAGUGGUGGAUAUUGUGAGAAACUCCGCGGCUUGGACGCGAUCUGGUGGGAAAGAUCAUGUCUUUGUUCUAACAGACCCAGUUGCGAUGUGGCAUGUAAGAGCUGAGAUUGCCCCAGCUAUUAUCUUGGUGGUCGACUUUGGUGGGUGGUAUAGGCUUGACUCAAAGUUGUCGAAUUGUAGUUCGUCCGAUAUGAUACAGCAUACCCAAGUUUCUCUGCUGAAAGAUGUGAUUGUUCCAUACACUCAUCUGCUUCCUAGAUUGCAGUUAUCAGAGAACAAGAAACGCAAUACUCUUCUUUAUUUCAAGGGAGCCAAACAUAGGCACCGGGGAGGCAUGGUUCGAGAAAAAUUGUGGGACUUACUGGUUAAUGAGCCAGGCGUUAUUAUUGAAGAAGGCUUCCCUAAUGCUACUGGGAAGGAGCAGUCCAUUAGAGGGAUGAGAACGUCAGAAUUCUGUUUGCACCCAGCUGGGGACACGCCCACUUCUUGCAGACUUUUUGAUGCCAUCCAAAGCUUGUGCAUACCUGUUGUUGUAAGUGACAACAUAGAGCUACCUUUUGAGGGCAUGGUGGAUUACACAGAAUUCUCAGUUUUUGUUGCAGUUGAUGAUGCCUUGAAGCCCAGAUGGCUGGUGGAUCACCUCAGAAGCAUUUCUGAUAAGCAGAGGGAUGAAUUCCGUCUAAAUAUGGCAAAGGUUCAGCGGAUAUUUCAGUAUGAUAAUGUUCAUCCAGGUGGUAUUGGUCCCAUUUCUCCAGAUGGUGCAGUGAAUCACAUAUGGAAAAAGAUACAUCAAAAAUUGCCCCUGAUUAAGGAAGCAAUUGUUAGAGAGAAGAGAAAGCCACCUGGCGUAUCAAUUCCUUUGCGCUGCCAUUGUACCUGA